AUGUCCACAACGGCAACCACUGCAAAGGCUCCCAUCAAAACGCUGACCGAAGAUGAGGAAUUAUACACUUCCGAAGACACUCCAACCUACAAAGCCAUCGGAAGAAUGUACAUCACCAAGAGCAAGGGUUCUUUGAAGGAAGAUAUUGGUAGAAAUAUUGAAUAUUGUGAAGCUGAGCUGAAAAAGCUCCAAGAAACAAGAACAUCCAUCUUGAAGAGAAUUGAAGCCGAAGAAGAAAACUUUAGGAAUAUUUUCCAAAAGAUUCAACAACAAAAAGCAGGACAACAGAAAUAG